AUGAUUCCCCGCGUAGGCGCCCGUGGAGAAGACGAUGGCGGGGGUGUUGAUGUUGCGUGUUUGAGGGUUAGAGAGGAGACUUUACUCAUGGCGAACGUGUCGAAUUUUCGGGGGUACGGUUUUAGUGUCCACUCGGAGGUGGUGGUGGUGGUGGUGGUGUUUAUUAUAGGAGAAUGUAGGAAGAUGGUGGAUGAGCGGCCGUGGAUUCUCACGUCGCCGAACACGAAUAGAUUAAGCACUAGGCACAGUUUCGACCUUGGUGAAAUCUCUUUCCGAUGGAAACAGCAACGGACAUCACUUGAGCUACACUCUCGUGGUCUGCAGGUUUUUGCGGAAAAAGAAAGAGAAGAAAUUACGUACGUACAUCGCAACAAAACAGCAAGUAACAGCAAACACGACAAAAAUGUUGAAAACAGAGAUGAAUACUUAGAUUUGAAAGUAGUGCUAUUGACGUCGCAAGGUUUCGAUCAAAUGGAAAAUGCAAUAAUAUGCAAUUCUUACGAAAUAGAAGAAAUUUUUGUUAGCAAAUACAAAUGUAGUGUUCUUGAUGUCUUGAACGACCAAAUGGGAAAUGCAAUAAUUUGCCAAAUCGAUGAAAUCUUCUGUUGA